AAAGGAAAAAAACGCGGAGCCGCCACUGGCCGUAGGCACAAAUGUCAAAAUUUUUAGAAUAAAACGCUUUUGGUUCGGCGCCUGAUUCCUGUUUUUUUUGUGUUAAGCACAUCGAUAGCAAAAAAAAAGGAAAAAUAACCAGUCCCGCCGCUCGUUUUUGUGGCCCAAGCAGAAAGGAUACGAUACGGAACGUAGGCGGUAACGGCAACAUGGCAACAAUUUUUUUCGCUGAACCCGAGCUGGUUAUUGGCCACGGCCGAAAGGUGCUUUUCCUGAAUCCGGGCGACUUGCAAAUCUUCAAGGAAAUCGAAUUGCCACCGGAUUUAACCACGUGUGGAUUAAAAACGGUCGAGCCAGUCCCCGCGCCUGGCCACCCGGCCAGCAGCUCAAAGCAACAGCCUGCAGCCUUGAAGGAAGCAACAGGAUCUGUCAAGGUCGAGGUAUCGAUACAAAAUGUGACCUACUCUCCAGAUCGCCAACUGUUGGCUCUGACCACAGCUGGCCAGAAGGCAGUGCUGCUCUACAAAAGUCGCCCUGAGAACGCUCAGCUCCUCUCUAUACGCCCACUCGCACGUGCAUCAAGCGCCCUAAGGUUCUGCAGCGAUGGCAGCUCCGUUCUGGUCACUGACAAAACGGGAGAUUGCUAUCAAUACGACUGUGUUGAGGUGGAUGCCUCGCCACGUUUGCUUCUGGGACAUUUGAGCAUUGUCUAUGACGUCUUGUGGUCGGAGGACCAACAGUAUAUUAUCACAUGUGACCGCGAUGACAAGAUACGGGUCACCAACUAUCCGGCAACGUUCGACAUACACAGCUAUUGCUUGGGUCACAAGGAGUUCGUGUCUGGCCUGGCCAUGCUCACGGAACAGCACAUCAUCUCGGCCUCUGGCGACAAGACGCUGCGUGUCUGGAACUACACUUGCGGCAAGGAGCUGCUGCUUCACGAGCUUCCCGCACCAGCUGUGCGGAUGCUGGUGCGUCAACUGGAGCCCGAAAAGACAUAUGAGGUGGCCGUGCUCUUCUAUGACUAUGUGGACGCGAUUGGCGUGUAUCGGCUGGAGCAGACAACCACAGAGAGUUGGAGCAUCACCUCCACCCAACUGGUGCGUGCCGAAGCGGGCACAUGGAAUAUAUGCAAUUUUGCAUUGACCGAUGACCGGAUCUAUGUGACUGGAGCAGAGAAUGAACGAUUAACGCUGAGGGUGUACGAUAGCAGGAAUGGCGAGAGGGCCUCUGGCCUGCCAGAGGGUUGGCUGAAGAUGGUCUUAGACAAUCUAGAUGUGGCCGCAUUCAUGCCCGAGGACUUGUCUGUUUGGUUUAAGAAACGAUUCGACAAUGUCAGCGAUUACUUGGAGCGCAAGAAGCGUCGCAUCGAGGAGCAGAAGCAGCAAAAAUGUGGAUAAUUUACAUACUUCGUAUCUUUACAUAGCAUUUAAUUAGUUUAUCGGACACAAUUAACGGACUAUGUUUGACAAAUCUGUUACAUGAACAUAUUAUAUAUAUAUAUAAAUAUUUAUGUGUGUUUA